AUGGCUUUACUUGGGAAGCUGACCAUCGCCGCAGCCUACCAGAUUCUCUCCCUCCAAGCCACGGAACUUUUCCCAACCGAAGUCAGAGUCCGCGGAUUGGGAACCUGUUCGAUGAUGUCCAAGAUCGGGUCGAUUUCCGCGCCGUUUCUGGUGGAGGCUUUGGGCACCAUCGGGUCUUGGGCGCCCCUCGUGCUCUUUGGUGCAGCUGGCUUCGUGGCGGGCGUGGUGACCCUGAGGCUUCCGGAGACUCGUGGGGCGCUCAUGCAGGACACCGUUGCUGGUUUGGAAGCAGCUGGUCAAAUAGUCAAGGAAAAAUCCGCGCCUUUAGCCCAGCAAGAACAAUACCCGGAGGAGAAAGAGACGCUCACUUAACUGUGUAUUUGUAUAUUCGUAUGUAUAUAAAUACAUAUAUAUGUGUGUGUGUGUGUGAGU